AUGGCAGACAUUCCAACUACAACGAUCUUUUCGCCACCCUUUUCCCUUGUUACAAAACCGCCCCUUCCACUGACGACAACCUUCACGCCGGCGAUUGAAUGCCUGACUGAUUGGUGGGUAUUCCAGUCUAGCUGGUCAGGAUACACCUCCCGCUGGGCAAAUUUAGGUCCUGAAAACACCGGAAUAUGUCUCCCAUCGGGAUGGGCCCCGUCGACAUGGUAUUCGCCCGGGAUUGCGUGCCCUAGCGGGUGGGCGAUGGCCUCAGGACCUACAACCGUUAAUGGAGAGACUACAGGGACCUGCUGCCCUGUGUAUCUGCCAAGUGACUUGACAUUUACCCCACGAUCUAGUACAAGUGGUGGAGACAGACCGUGGCAUAGUUUUGAGGUUUGCGCUUUCGGUGCCACAAGUGACAUGAAGUUCAUCCGGACGAAUACAAACAAAGCCGGGACUACAAGAGCCGAAUCUGGUACUGCGGUCGCGGGGAAAGAUGGUUGGAAUGCAUAUGGAAUCGAGCUUCGUUGGAGAACCACCGACCUCAUUUCUGCCCCGGCUACAUCUAGAGAACCUACUGCAACACAUGCUGUGAUACCAACGACGACCCAACAGCCAUUGGGGGAGUCCACCAGCUUGUCAACGGGCGCUAAAGCAGGAAUAGGAAUCGGCGCUGCUAUUGGGGGCAUAUUGGCUAUCCUUGGGGUCGUGCUUCUACUUAUUGGUAGACGAAAGCACCAAGGAAAAAAUGCCGAUGAGCUUCGUGAAGAUGGACAACAUGAACUUGACGCAGACGAGAAUCAAAUACAUGAGCUAGGGUCCAACCAUCUCCUUGAGGCGGAUGACUCUCAGAUGCCAUCAACACGAUCGCAGGAGCCAGCUGAACUGGACAAUGCAAAACGACCGAAAUAA